AUGCAUUUCAGAUCGUAUGUCGCUGCGAGUGCGUUGGCUGCUCUAGUCACGGCUCAAACUUUCACGGACUGCAACCCCACGAAGAAGGACUGCCCUAACGACCCCGCUAUGCCUAAGAACUGGGAUACCGAUUUCACGGCGGGCAAAGAUGCCAUCAAAGGCUGGAAGCAGACCGCUGGUAGCCUGACCUACGGCCCUGAAGGUGCCGAGUUCGUCAUCGCAAAGAAGGGCGAUGCCCCUACGAUUGGCAGUGAAACCAAAUUGCACUUCGGCUACGUCGAAGUCACAAUGAAAGCAGCGCCUGGCCAAGGCAUAAUUUCCUCCAUCGUUCUACAGUCAGAAGACCUGGAUGAAGUUGACUGGGAGUGGAUUGGCGGAGUUGACUCUCGGGUGCAAAUGAACUACUUCGGGAAGGGAAAUACUACGACAUUCGACCGAAUGAUUGAGGGCGAUGUUGCAAACAACCAGAACGAAUUCCACACCUACGCUCUAAACUGGACCGCGGAAGCCAUCACCUGGAUCGUUGACAACAAGCCGCUUCGCACCUUGAAAUACGCCGAUGCAAACGGUGGCAAGAACUUCCCGCAAACACCGUGCAAUGUCCGUCUCGGUAACUGGGCCGGUGGUGACUCAGAGAACGAAGGUACGCGCCAAUGGGCUGGUGGAGCGGUUGACUUCAAGGCGGCCCCUUUCAAGAUGACCGUCAAGAACAUCAAGGUCAUUAACUACAGUCCCGGUACUGAAUACAAAUGGACCGACAAGACGGGCGAUUUUGGCUCCAUUGAAGUCAUUGGUGCCGGCAACGCCGAAGGUGCGCCGCAGAACACAGCCGUCAUUAAGCCCUCAGCCACACCCGUUGCCAAAGGCAAAGAGUCUGAAUUCAAUUACCCCGGCGCGGGCUCUGUUCCAACCUCAAAGGGUGGUGACAGCGCACCUGCCAAAGAGACGCCCUGCGAGUGUGGAGUCGCUACUGUGACCGUGACUGGCGCACCACCACCAGCGACCAAUGCGCCCCCGGCUACCUUCACAUCCCAGUACUCCGCUGUGCCUUUUAGCUCAGUCAAAGUCCCCACCGUCAGCUCCGCAAAGCCUCCUGUCACCUCUGCUGUCUCACCGCCUCCCUACCCAACCUCAGGCCUUGCGGUUGACACCAGCCCAGCGCCUAUCGUGCCGGUUCCAUCUGCGCCGACCGGCGUCUUGCCAAAACCGAGUGGCAAUGCCACCGUCUCCGCGCCACCUGUUCAAUUCACCGGAGCGGCGAGCCAUAACAAGGCUGGCGUCUUUGUUGGUGCGCUCGCGGGUGCUGUGCUUCUUGCUUUCUGA